AUGUCACCUUUAGAACAAUUGGCUGAAAGUCUGAAACACGCCAAGGUUCUCGGCAUCUUGUAUGUGAUGCAAGAAGAAGCAGGAGGUCGACGUUGUGUCCCUGCCGAUGCGUCCUUUAGAGGUCGACCUGGUCUUGUUAUAUUGGGACUUGCUGUGCUUAGUCUUAAGGGUUGGAGGAGUGGAAAGUCCAGCUUGCCAUUUAUACUGGCACAAGCAGCUGUUGCUGCUGCUGUAGCAUGGAAGCACUGCCAGGCGUAUACCACAACAAAGAAGUUGCUUCCCUGGGGCUUCUAUACUGCUCUCAGUGCCUUGAUGAUCUGCUUCUACUCGUAUGUGUUGCUUGCCGGGGGGAAUCCACCACCGAAGAAGAAGCCAGCAGCUGCUAUAUAAGUUGAUCCUUUAGUCCUAUUGUG